AUGGCAAACCUUGUGACAUCGUUGUGCUGUGUAGUUCUUGCUGCGGUGGUUGUAGCCUACGCUCAGAGACGCAUUCAGCUUGUUGCAAGGAACCAGUAUGAGCAAAUGGGCAGUGAUGUCACCAUGCAGUGCGGCUCCCUGAACAGUGACGCGUCAGUGUCAUGGAAGGUGAACGGGACCGACGUAAUAUUUCCGCAUCAUCUAGAAGGUCCCAAACUGAUUCUGACUGAGGUGGACUUUGGACAUAAUGGACUCUACAGCUGUUUUCAGAACCCAGAUGGAGAGAGGCGUGACACCAUCUACCUUCACGUUGGCUUUCUCCCCAGGGAGCCUGUGAUCACCUGUCGGUCCAACACCUACCCUAAAGGUUUCUACUGCAACUGGCACCUACAGCAUCCAACGUACAUCCCCACAGCCUUUGAAGUGGACAUACAGCAUAACCAGCGCUCACUGGCAGUGCAGAAAGAUCCGGUCCACAAGAAUCGAUGUCAUGUACGAUUUCCAGAGGUCUUCUCGUCCUACCCCUACAUAGUUAAUGUGACGGCAAUAAAUGCCUUGGGGAAAACAUCUAACACUUACAGCUUUGAAGAGUCCAAUAUAGUAAAACCAGACCCCCCAGAGCGAGUGACAGCGACUCCGAUCCGCUUUAACCCUCGAAGGCUGGAGGUGUCUUGGCAAAGCCCGGCCACCUGGCCCGACAUCGACAGCUUCCCUUUGAAGUACUUCCUUCGUUACCGGCCUCUAAUUCGAGAGCAGUGGCAGCAUGUGGAGCUCUCUGACAGCACCUCUCAUACCAUCACUGAUGCCUAUGCUGGCAAGGAAUACAUCAUACAAGUGGCUGCUAAGGACACAGAAAUUGGAACGUGGAGUGACUGGAGUGUGGCUGUCCACGCUACACCUUGGAUUGAAGAUCCUCUGCCACAUUCUGCCAUCACUCCCACAACUGAUGUGGACUUCCCUACUGAGACAAAGACUUCUCCCAUACCUUCAUCCAGAGCGCCACAGAAGGGCCAGGUUCCAGUGGACAGAGCUGCCAAGGUCAUCGCAAUAUUUUCCCCUUUGCUGUUAGGACUCAUGCUGCUGCUCAUGUGAUGCAACAGUGCGCCGAAGAUGGACAUCAAGCACGAGGAAGAACAAAAUGAAGAGAAAUAGGCCGGUGUUUUUUCUAUUUUGCACAUGUUUCAAGGAUACAGUGCAUUGAUCAGUUCUGUCCAUCACACAGUUACUCACCCAAAUUACUUAGCGAGGGGGGAGGGGGGGGGAUCGGAUGACGAUGAUGCGAUCGAGUACUUUUUUUGAUUGAUGGCAACGAAGAAAUUCCUUAGAGGGACUUUUUUUUUUUAAUGGCUUUGAGGGCAGCAGCAGAGGCAAACGGGAGCGACCACAACAGCAGCGGCGCCGUCAGAACCAACAGCUCAGAGUUUCAUGUGGACGCUUCAAAAGACCGACCCG